UAAAAAGAAAGUGAAAGUAAAAACAAACUCUAACACACAGACCAGGAAAGCACACACGGAUUCAGGGAUCUCUCUCCUCUCAAUGUUUCAACUCAAGAUUGUUUAGGAUAAUCUGUAACAUUGUAACAAUGUCUCGGGGAUCAAACGCUGGCUUUGACCGUCAUAUCACCAUCUUCUCUCCAGAAGGCCGCUUGUAUCAAGUCGAGUAUGCCUUUAAGGCCAUCAGUCAGAGCGGACUGACCACAGUGGGCAUCAGAGGACAAGACUGCGCCGUGGUGGUCACACAGAAGAAAAUUCCGGACAAGCUUCUGGACGCUUCUACGAUUACAAACAUGUUCCGCCUCACGUCGCGCAUCGGGUGUGUGAUGACUGGACAUUAUGCUGACAGCCGCUCUCAGGUGCACCGCGCCCGUGUGGAGGCCGCCGAGUGGAAGUAUAAGUUCGGGUAUGACAUCACAGCGGACAUGUUGUGUCGACGCAUCGCUGAUAUCUCGCAGGUUUACACACAGAACGCUGAGAUGAGGCCUCUGGGCUGCUGUAUGAUGCUGAUAGCUGUGGAUCCUCAGCACGGCCCCGUCCUGUAUAAAUGCGACCCGGCCGGGUAUUUCUGCGGGUUUCAUGCCACAGCUGUCGGAGCCAAACAGACGGAGGCCAACAGCUACCUGGAGAAGAAAAUAAAGAAAAGGCCGGAGCUUACCUUCGACAGGACUGUAGAGUUGGCGAUCUCCUGCCUCUCUUCAGUCUUAUCGAUGGACUUUAAGUCCACUGAGCUGGAAGUGGGCGUGGUUAGUAAAGACAAGCCCAAAUUCAGAACUCUAAGCGAGGCGGAGAUCGAGACCCACCUGGUAGCGAUAGCCGAGAGGGAGUAGUCUAUACAGGCCACAUGCACUGCGAGUGGGUUCGAACCUACGAUCAUCUUCCAGAUUUAGUUUUUUGUCAUUUCUGAUAAGAAAACACACACGACAUUGCAGUUUUAUUGAGUCACAGAUGAAAUUAAACAUCUUUACAGAGUGGAAUUAGAUGAUAAUCAUGAUGUUUAACAUAUACAUGUAUAUCUUUAGAGGUAUAUUUUAUGGCCGUUUGACUUUACAGUACAUUUUUGAAAUAAAACUCCAACCUUUAUCUGCUUUA